CACUCGCUGGCGAACAUGCUCGUCCCACUCCUUCCUUCUCUUUUAUGGAGUUAAAUGUGUCUGUAGACGCCUAGACGUAAAACUGUGGAGACGACAGUCCCACAAGCCUCAAACAUCCAGCCCCUGCCGAAGCCAGCAGGAGAGAGCAGGGUGGGCAGUGGGACGCUGGGGUGCAGCCAGCCCUCAGGCCGGCGCCUGCCUGGAGAUUCCCGUGUCUGUGCCUCCUACGGCCCGCUCGCCCGCCUGCCCGAGAGCCCCGCAGAAGCCACGCACAGAUGCUCUGCACCCAGGAAACACCAGGCCAGCCGCCAUAGGUGACGAAAUGGCACAACUUCGCCCAGCCUGCGGGUGACCUCUGCCCGCACUCCUUGUCUGGGACCGCGGACCCACCCACUUCGGCCUCCGGUCCUGCCUCUGCCCCAGCCCACCUGUCACCAUGGCCGCCCUGAUCGCAGAGAACUUCCGCUUCCUGUCACUCUUCUUCAAGAGCAAGGAUGUGAUGAUUUUCAAUGGGUUGGUGGCCCUCGGCACAGUGGGCAGCCAGGAGCUGUUCUCCGUGGUGGCCUUCCACUGCCCCUGCUCGCCGGCUCGGAACUACCUGUACGGGCUGACAGCCAUCGGCGUGCCCGCCCUGGCACUCUUUCUCAUUGGCAUCAUCCUCAAUAACCAGACCUGGAACCUGGUCACCGAGUGCCAGUACCGGAGGACCAAGAACUGCUCAGCUGCCCCCAACUUCCUGCUUCUAAGCUCCAUCCUGGGCCGCGCAGCCGUGGCCCCCAUCACCUGGUCUGUCAUCUCUCUGCUGCGUGGGGAGGCCUAUGUCUGUGCCCUCAGCGAGUUUGUGGACCCCUCCUCCCUCACAGCUGGGCAACAGGGCUUCCCUCGAGCUCACGCCUCGGAGAUCCUGGCCAGGUUCCCUUGUGGCGAGGGCCCAGCCAACCUGUCAGACUUCCGGGAGGAGGUCAGCCGAAGGCUCAAGUACGAGUCCCAGCUCUUUGGGUGGCUGCUCAUCGGUGUGGUGGCCAUCCUGGUGUUCCUGACCAAGUGCCUCAAGCACUACUGCUCGCCACUCAGCUACCGCCAGGAGGCCUACUGGGCACAGUACCGGGCGAACGAGGACCAGCUCUUCCAGCGCACAGCAGAGGUACACUCCAGGGUGCUGGCUGCCAACAACGUGCGCCGCUUCUUCGGCUUCGUGGCUCUCAACAAGGACGAUGAGGAGCUGGCUGCCAAGUUCCCGGUUGAGGGCACACAGCCGCGGCCACAAUGGAACGCCAUCACUGGGGUCUACUUGUACCGGGAGAACCAGGGCCUCCCGCUCUACAGCCGCCUGCACAAGUGGGCUCAGGGCCUCGUGGGCAACGGCAGGGCCCCCGACGGUGUGGAGAUGACCCUGCUUAGCUCCUGAGGGCCCUUACACCUCGCUCUGCAAGUGGAGCUCCCUGGCCCUGAGCUGAAGCCCACUCACGUCGGAACCAGAUAGGAUUUUUCUUCAACCUGCUUCUGGGACAGAAGUCGAGGGGAAGGGGUAUAGCUGCAGUGGGCCGCAGAGCUCUAGCGGGGAGGAGGGCGGCUCUGCGGAGGGCUGUUGGAUCUGCAGACCCUUCCCAAACCGUUUCCACCAGCCUCCUUGGCUCACUGCUUUGGAAAAACCCUUUCCCAGACCCGGUCCUUACUCGACAGUGCACAGAUGAAUUCUGCUUGUGGGAUUCCACGCUGAGGCCCCAAGCCUGCAAAGCCGAGUGACAGUGGCCUCACCGGCAGGCUCGGACCCUGCAGUUAACUUGUGUCUAACUGCCCAGGUCAGGGGCCUGGCGGCGUGCUGCUGGGAAGCUGCCUUCAUUGUACGUCUCUGGCCUUGUUUUAUAUAUUUAAAUUUUCAUAAAGCUUUUCUUACUGUAACAGA